CGCGCGGCGACUCCCCCUUCGCGGGCGCCCCGGCCCGGAGGCGGCUUCCCAAAACGAAGCGCUGCGGCUCUUCCCUUUCUCCAUUUUCUCUCUCUCUCGCUCGCUCUCUUUUUUCUAUUUUUGAACUGCAAGGCAUUCAUAUGAUCUGUGUCACGUGUGUUGUUUCCUGUUGUUAGCUUUUCUGAAAACGGAAAGAGACAGUGGUUUGGCUGCGUCCGUUUGGGCGACUUGCACUUUCCUGUCUUCCUUCUGCUGUCUGCAAGGCAGAUUGAGGCAGGAUACGCUUAGCAACUGUCCCCCUGAAAGGCACUUCGUACCAGACUUAAACAAACAAACUAACAAACAAGCAUACCCGUAAUCUCAUUUUACUAUGUGUCGCCCCCACCACAAGUUCUGAAGGCCGUCAAAUGCAUGAAAUGCAGGUUUCUUGUUUUGUUGCUGUAGUCCUCAGCUUUGUCGGGAUUUAGACCCGACCUUUCAACAGAGUUCUUAAUGCAGCUUAGUAAAACAAAACAAAAGAAAAGAAAUCAAAUCAAAACAACAAACCAAACCUUGAAAUUAAAGCAAGUAAAACAAAAAACAAAAAAACAUUACAACAUCACCCUUUUAAAAAGCAGCCUAAAAGUCACUUGGCAGAACAACAGAGCAACUUGGCUAUAUGUUAUUUAUUGUUUAGAUUGCUUUUAAUGUACCUGAUUUUACUGAUUGUGAGCCAUCCUAAGAGGCCUUGCAUAGGAGACGGCAUAUAAAAAUUUUAGAUAAAUAAAUGGCAAGAGUUCAGUUGAGAGUCCAUUUGCAGAGUAUUCAAAAACCUUGGAACGUGUAAAAGUCUGCACCUGGUGCUGAAACAUCAAGAUAUUGCCAGUGCACCUCUCGGGAUUGGGAAAGAGGGUUCUUUCUAUGGUCACCUUUAGCAGUCAGUAGCCUCCCACUGCUAUCCAGGAUCAGUAGCAAGCCUUCCACAGCCUGGGUGGCACAGAGCAUUAUUCCAGGGGUUAACCAAUGAUCAGUUGUGGUGAAGAAGUUCUUUCUUUAGUUUUGUUCUAACUUGAUGUUAUAGUCUCAGCUAUGAGGAAGUUCAGUCUGGUAUGGAUAGGGAUCUUGAAUGUUUCUGCUUAUGUUGCUCAGCUUCAGGUUCCGGGGUAGUUAUGGUGAGCCCUAAGUGCCUGGGGAAAUGCUUACCGCAAUUUAUCUGCCGUGCCACAUGCAGUGUGAAUAUUGGUCACUGCAUCUUGGUGGGGUGGGCCUAGGACUGGCAGAGCUGCAGAGUUAUCAGUGGACUACUUUGAAAGAACAGGCUGAUAAAGCCUCGCAAAGGAUCGGCCAACCUGUUCUGUCUAUAAACGUGAGUGAUGUUUGGGUUGAAAUGUAGGCAUAGUGACUUCAGGCUUCUGGCUAAGGAAAGCAAGCAAGAAAAAAUGAGUAGUUCUGUGUGCAUGAGCACAUUGAGAGAAAUGUAUCAGGGAUGUGUAUUUAUCUCCUGUAUCUCAAUGCACAAAAGAUUUGUGCUCAGAGAUCGGCUGUAGAGUAGAAGAUGUGAGGCAGUGCAGAACCUGGUAAUAUGUAGCCCCCGGGCAUCCAGUUGCUGUGCUUGCUGCUUCGUAUAUUGGGAUUUCAGGCUGUUUUUAACUUCGUAGACCAUCUUUGUGAGCCCUUUUUCUGAGAUGCCCUUUCCAAUUCCCUUCUCUCUCUCAGAAUAAGUGGAUACUCACCUUGUCCCGGAAGUUUCCUGAUCCAAAACAUGCCUUCUGAGUCAGGCUAUCAUGGACAUGAUGACACAUGACCCUGGCAUGACCUCCUCACCUCCACCUGUCUAGCCUGUUGUUCUGAGGGGAAUCCUGGCUUGUGUGUCACAAUCUGGUCUCUCAAUGCCAUGCAGUGUGAAGGCUCUUAGACCAGAAGGCUUGUUGGUGCAGAUUGGGGGGCUGGGGGGGAAUGACCAAUGACCCUGACCAUCAGCGAUGCAGACUGGGCAUGAUGGGAACUGGAGUCCAAAAGCAACAUCUGGUUGAUCCUCCAGGUGGUGCGAACUUCAGAAAGCUGUUUGGCAAAUGUAGUGCUGCCUUUCCAGGAAACAGGUCUCUUCAGUAACGGUUAUGAAGUGCACGGGGGCUUUGGAGAGCCUGAAGCUUGCCUCGGAACUGAAGCAUGCUCUGGCAAGGGAGGCAAAAGUUUGGAAGGUGCCUGUCUUCCACAAUUUCACAUUGAAGGGCACAGACAUCUCUCCACUAUAUUACGAGAAAGCAGUUUUGUGGAUUGGAGAAUUAAGCUCCCGGUUUCAGUUUUGCUCUGAAACCUUUGCCUUGGCGAUCAGCAUUCUGAAUCGGUUGCUGGCAUCAGUAAAAGCGCAGUUGAAAUACCUACGAUGCAUCGCGAUCACUUGUCUGGUUCUUGCAGCAAAAAUCAAUGAAGAAGAUGAGAUAAUACCAUCAGUAAAGAAGCUUGCAGUGCAGAGUGGUUGCAAAUGUUCUCCAGCUGAAAUUUUAAGAAUGGAAAGAAUUAUACUUGAUAAACUCCACUGGGAUCUUUACACAGCAACAUCAAUGGAUUUUUUAAACAUUUUCCAUGCCAUGGUGAUGUCCAAGUGGCCCCAUCUACUAAAUGGACUGCCUCAGAGGAAUCCUUCCCGCCACGUCGCAUUCUUGACCAAACAGCUGCAGCACUGGAUGGCUUGCCACCAAGUACUGCAGUUUAAAGGCUCCACGUUGGCUUUGGUGAUCAUCACCUUAGAGCUGGAGAGGCUGACUCCUGACUGGUUUCCUGUGAUUACUGAUCUGCUAAAAAAAGCACAGAUAGACAGCACUCAGUUCAUCCACUGUAAAGGACUGGUGGACCAGCAGCUUCUGGGCUUCCAAGCAUCCAAUGCUGUCUAUAUUUUCAACCCUGCAAACCAAAACAUUCAACCUCAUGUGGAUGAAAAGCUUCCCUGCUGCUGUUAUUCCACAGUGAAGGAAGCAACGGAAAGUAGUGCGCAAGCCAGAGGGAGCUGGCCAGCCUCAGCAGCUUCCAGGGUUCUUAGAGCCAAAACCCAUGAAGAUGACAUGCAGACGGAUGAGUUCUAUGAUGGAUUCAGGUACCUGUACAAUGAGGAUGAGAUGCCAGAAGUUGGAGAGACCAGCAGAAGCAGCCCUCCUUACAAUCCGAAGCAGGAGGAACGCCAUAGUGCCUGUCCAUCAUUACAGCCUGCCCCUCAGUUUAGCUAGUGAGGCCUACAGAGUGACAAGGGACCAGAUGGCUGUAGAGGUCAUUUCUGGUAUUUCAGAGGUCAGUAAAGCUGGUAUUUUUUUUCUUUUGAACGGCACUUCCUAUUUUGCAGCACCUAGCUUUUCAGAUGCUUCCCACAAAAAUCUUUUUGUUUAAGCAUGUUCACCAUGUAAAUCAAAAGGAUGAAGAACUGAACUAUGAGUGACGGAAAGACAAAAACCUCAGGGACCAACAUUCAGCAAACUGAGCUAAGUGCUGUGCUUUGAAAUACAGAUCAAACUCAAUUCCAGGAAGAAGUGAGAACUUGCUGAAGUUCUCCUUAGAAUAGUUUUAGAGUUUGUUUUUAUUUAGACAUUAGCUUUGCCCUCCUGCACAUGCUAAACUAUGCUGUGUUGUUAGGGAGCUGUGGAUGAGUUCUAAGGUUAGUUGUAUGGAUGAGUUGCACUGAUGACAUGUUAACAAACCUUCUAGCUGAGCUGCAUUCGUUUUGAGACCGCAAGAUUGACUUGGUGACUUCAGUAAGAUUCUAUCCUGAAGUGUGCUGAACAAUCCAGUUGUCUUAGACUUCAAAGUCCAGUGAGCAAGCAGAAAUGCUAAGUAGUUCACUAAACCUUGAUUCUUCUUGUGGUGCAGUUUUACUAUCACCAAAGCCCAAAUAAGACAGUUUACCUAAAUGCAGAACACCACCCUGUAGCUGUCUAAACUAGGGCUUACAAUGUCUUCUUCCACGUGGUGCCGUAUUCCUCAAUAUAAGCACAGGCUAAGCCUGGGUUGAGACAUGUGAAAUAUGCUUGCUACCUAGCCAGUCUCCAAUAUUCCAUUUUUGGGCAAGAUAUUAGAGCAGCUGGCGGCCUCCCAACUUCCAGAAAUUUCUGGAUGAGAUGGAAGAUCUAGAUCCAUUUCAGUCUGGCUUCAUACCUGCCUAAGGGGUGGAAAUAGCAUUGGUCACCUUGGUAGAUGAUGUAGGCCAGGAACCAGACAAGGGGAGUGUGUCCCUGUUGGUUCUGGUGGACCUCUCAGAGACUUUUAAUACCACUGACCAUGAUACCUCACUGGGAUGGGAACCGGAGGUAGUGUCUCACAAGGGCUCCAUUCCUUCCUAGACAGGCAGACCCAGAAGCUGGGGCUGAGGACUCCUGUUCAAUUCCCUGACUGUUGACCUAUAAAGUUUCUCAGGGUCCUGUUUGGUCCCCCAUGCUAAUACAUGAAAAGGUUGGGAGCGGCUGUCCAGCAUUUUGGGGUCAAGUGUCACAGUAUGCUGAUGACAUCCAAGUCUGUUUCUGCUUUCCAUCUCCUUCCUAGGAAGCCAUUUUGGUGCUAAACGGAUGUCUUUCAGCAGUAAUGGUCAGUCAGAAGAGGGAUUUGGCUGCAGUUCCCUGAAGAUACAGAUCUGCAGUUUGGGGUACUUCUGGACUCAACCCUGAGCCCGGAUGCCCAGGUUUUAGCAAUGACCAAGAGAGUAUUUGCACAGUUGUGCAACUAGUGCACCAGCUGUGCUCAUACGUGGAGGCGUCCGAUUUGACCACAGGACACAUGCCUUGGUUCUAUCCCAUUUGGAUUGCUGCCAUGCUCUGCAUGGGGCUGGCCCUGAAGACUGCUUGGAAACUCCAGCCGGUUUGAAGAGUUACUGCCAGACUGUUGACUGGGACUGGCUAUAGGAAGCAGGGGAAUCAUUUGCUGAAACAGCUUCACUGGCUCUCAGAUUGUUUCCAGGUAUAAUUCAAAGUCUGGUUAACACCAAUAAAGCCCUUUAUGGCUCAGGUCCAGGCCCUUGUGAGCCUGCCUGUACCCUUAGAUCUUCAGGGAAGACCGUUCUCUUGGUGCCACUUCCUUUACAGGCAUGUUUGGCAAGAUUGUGGGAGAGCCUUCUUGGUGGCUGCCCCAAGUCUCUGGAACUCUCUUCCCAUGGAGGCUAGAUUGAUGCCUUGGAGGCAAACAAAAACUUUUCUGUUCUAUCAGGCCUUUGGGAAUAGUCAGGAUCUGUGAGAUCACGUUGGACUAGUUCCCUUGUCUAUAUUGUUUUAAUAUUUUCUAGGUGAAUUAAUUAUAUUUUUAACUUUUGUACAUUUAUAUUAAUGUUUUAACAGCAUAGGAUGUAAGCUGCCUUGAGUCCCAGUAUUGGGAAUGUAUAAAUAAAUAUAAUCAUAAUAAUUAUUAUAUUAGGAGUAUAAUAGGAAUGAUAGCAAUUUCACAUGUCUGUAUCCAGGCCUGCCCGAUUAAAUGAGGGUCACUAGACAGGAAUGACUGUUACACAUCAGGGCUUCUGGCAAUUUCCUAUGUCAUCAGUGGGUAAAGAUGGGUAUUUUCAGUGGGUACGAAAAGGUAUUUUCUGCACAUGGUCUUUGAAGCCUGUAUUUGUGCCACGCCUCUGUGGAAUGGUGCAGAAAUCACCAACCCUAGAAUCUCCAUUCCAUUUUUGUAUUAAUUUAAAACUUCCUACUUCCUAUGGAGCAACAAAAAAACUGCCUGUUGAAACGGUGACCCAUCCAGCUCAAAUCUACAAGCCAGGCGCUGUUGUUGUCAGUCCUCUUGUGCCUGCAAAGCAGAAAAGGGCAAACACAAAUGGCUCAAGGGACUAGAGCAACUCCCUGUGAGGAAAAUCUACAGCAGCUGCAGCUACUGACCUUAGGAAAAAAACAAGUGAGGAGAGAGAUGAAAGAAAUAUAUCAAAUCAUGCAUGGUGCAGAGACAAAGCGUAAUACCACAAUCCUGUGAAGCUGAACCUGGAGGAAGAUUUGGGACAGAUAAGCCCUUCACCCAGUGCAUAGCUGAACUGCAGAACUCACUUCCAGAAGCAGAGAUGAAUUUAGAAGAGGAUCAGACAAAUGCAGAGAGGAGGAGGUUGUCAGUGAGCAUGGCCGACAUCGGGUGAGCAGCACCGCCGGGAUCAGACUGCCGGGGAACGUGAGCGGCAGCGUGCCACUGCUUGGGGGCUUCCCGCAGCUGCCUGCCUGGCUAUGGUGUGACGAGAGGGUGAGAUGAAACGGACCCUCAGCCGGAUCCAGCCUGGCUCUGCUGUUAAUUCCCAAGAGCCAGAAAAGCUGCCUUAGGCAGAUACCUAGCUGGACACCUGGUCUAGUGAGUUGCCUGAGGUAGAUAGUGGUUCUACAGAUUAGAGUCCUCAUUAUUUAAACAAUUAUAUCCACUUUCUCAUGUUUCCCUGAUACAAUUAAAUGCCCUGCCCUUUCCUCAAAGCAGCAUCCGCAGUCCCUUAUCCUUUCACCCUCACAGCAUUUAAGUAGGUAAAGCAAAAAAAUAGUUAUUGCCCAAGAUCAGUCAUGAAAGCUUGUGCAGCCUUUUUGGGAUAUGAAUAUAGGCUUCGUUGGCUGCUGCUGCUGUUGUUACUAUUACUAUUAUUAUGAAUUACAUUUCUAUACUGCUUGUAGCCAAAAAUCUCUGGGCAGUUCACAAAAGCUUAUAAAAACAAUGAAAUGUAAUGCAUAAAAC